GCGCCGCCGCCUUAUAAAAAGGGGAACGGCCGUCCCGGCGGUUCACAGCAAUCACACGCAGCCGGCUCAUAAACCUUCCUCCUUUCCUUUCCUUCCCUACCCGCCUCCAGCCGGCAUCGGAAGAAGCGGAGCGGAGGAGGAUCCAUCCCGGCCGAGCAGCCACAGGCCCCGCUGAGGAGAACUCGCCCGGCGGGAAACUCGCCUCACCUCAGCGCACCUCAGAUCGACUCGCCGCUCCCCUCCGCCGCCACAGCCCUCACCAAACCGACGAACCGCAGCGGCAUGGCUUCCCUCAGCUUCGCCGUAGCCCUUCUCCUCGCUCUCCUCAGCCCGGAGGUGCAGGGCCAGGAGUGCAGCGGGCAGUGUCAGUGCGGAGCGGGGCCCGGCCCCAGCUGCCCCGCCGGCGUCUCCUUAGUGCUGGACGGCUGCGGCUGCUGCCGGGUCUGCGCCAAGCAGCUGGGCGAGCUCUGCACCGAGCGGGACCCUUGCGACCACCACAAGGGCCUCUUCUGCGACUUCGGCUCCCCCGCCAACCGCCGCAUCGGCGUCUGCACCGCUCGGGACGGCGCCCCGUGUGUCUUCGGCGGCAUGGUGUACCGGAGCGGGGAGUCCUUCCAGAGCAGCUGCAAGUACCAGUGCACCUGCCUGGACGGGGCGGUGGGCUGCGUGCCCCUCUGCAGCAUGGACGUCCGCCUGCCCAGCCCCGACUGCCCCUACCCACGCCGGGUCAAGCUGCCCGGCAAGUGCUGCGAGGAGUGGGUGUGCGACGAGGCCAAGGAGCAGACGGCCGUGGGACCUGCUCUGGCUGCUUACAGACUGGAAGAUACUUACGGUCCAGACCCAACCAUGAUGCGUGCCAACUGCCUGGUGCAGACCACCGAAUGGAGCGCUUGCUCCAAGACCUGCGGCAUGGGCAUCUCCACCAGGGUCACCAAUGAUAAUGCCUUCUGCAGACUGGAGAAGCAGAGUAGACUCUGCAUGGUCCGACCUUGCGAAGCAGACCUGGAGGAGAACAUCAAGAAAGGCAAAAAGUGCAUCCGCACCCCCAAAAUCUCCAAGCCUGUCAAGUUUGAGCUGUCUGGCUGCACCAGCGUGAAGACCUACAGGGCCAAGUUCUGCGGCGUCUGCACCGACGGGCGCUGCUGCACCCCCCACAGAACGGCCACCCUCCCCGUGGAGUUCAAGUGCCCCGACGGGGAGAUCAUGAAGAGGAAAAUGAUGUUCAUCAAGACCUGCGCCUGCCACUACAACUGCCCCGGGGACAACGACAUCUUCGAGUCUCUGUACUACAGAAAGAUGUACGGAGACAUGGCGUAAAAGCCCGGGAGGAGAACGCUUAACUAGAUUCUCAACUUGAACUGAUUUGCAUCUCAUUUUGUAAACAUGAUUCAAUAGCACAAGGUAUUUAAAUCAGUUUUGUUAUUUUUUAUUUUUAUUUUUUUGUGUUUUUUUUUUUUUACGAUUUCAACAAACUGCUCCAUGUGACUUUAAGACAAAAUUUUUCUACUGACCCCCAAACGGUGGUUUGAAGAAGAAGGUAAAACGGACAGUGGGACCACAGCGAGACGCAGCUUCAGAACGAGGUGGUGUUGAAGGGCUUAAGGGAAUUAAGGCAGGAAAAGCAGAUCUGAGCAAAAAAAAAAAAAAGAAAUUCCCUUAACGCGGUACAGCGUGCUUCGUCGAGUAGUGCAAUUGUGGAGGAGACCCGUUGGCGUCUUUGCUGGUGCUGGUUUGGUGGCACCAGCCAACCCUCGCCCAGCAAAGUGCUGAGGAGAAGGUGUCCUGUCAGUCAGGACAGUGACAUUUCAGCUCUUGACGCUCUGAUUCCUGUGGCUCGGUCAGCAAGAAUCAGAAUCAUGUCUCUCAGACUGGACAGCUCGUGGCGGUUAAUUUACCUGCAGUGAGCUACUUUUUAUUAAUAAUUGUAAAUACCGUGUGUGUAUAUAUAUUUUGUACAGUUAUCUAAAUUAAUUUAAAGUUUUGUGCCUUUUGUUUAAUGCUUUGAAAUUUCAAUGGUAGCCUUUUUUUU